AUGCUCUGUUUGUUUAAACCUUGGAGGCUGGCCACAGAUCUUAAAAAUGAGAAUCAAACAUGGUGUGAAGCAUACAAAGUGUAUCCUUUUGGGGCAGAAGACAGACUGCUUAUCCGCAACAUGGACAUUGAAAAUGAAUGCAGAGAUGCUCGUGAUCAUUUUGAGUUGGAAAAAUGUGCAAAACCAACUAAUUCAUUGUUACAUGGUGAUGUCUCCGGGCACACAUCAACUGAUCUUCAGGCACUUGCCAUUGGAAUGUCAGAUGACGUUGACGGACCAGAUAGCUCUGAUGACAAAGCACAAGCAGAGGAUGAUCUUUUUGAACCUGACAUCGUAAACGCAAACGUGAAUGAUGCAAUUUUAGCUGCACAGAGAGUAGGCUUACUUGACAACAUACCGGGAUUUCUUGCACCUCCACAUGGCAAGAGCUCCCAGGUUGCUGGCGCAGACUUUGCAGAAAUCUGGAUGCAUGGUGAUUUAAUGACUGUGCACCGCAAACGGAAGUGUCCCACCUGCAAUCGCUUGGAACCUGAUAAUGUUCAAUGUCCCUUUCGCAGACAACGUGUUGACCUGCCUCCUCAUGUGUCCUUUGACACACUUGGCGAGCAAGUGAACAUUGAAUAUGUCAACAAUUUUGAUAGAGACCCACAUAUAUCAGGCUCUACACACCUGAACAACGUUAUGAAUGAUAUGGGGAUCACAGGCAAUGAAGAACAAGAGCGUGCAUUGUCCAUUGUAUGCCAGCACAGCAUAUCAGAGUCUCCCAAACAAUUACUACUCUACAUUGCGGGUGUGGGCGGUGCUGGGAAAAGCCAUAUUAUCAAAGCAAUUGUGGAGUUUUUCCGCCGUACAGGCCAUGAUGAGAGAGCUUGCUGCUCAGUGCCCCCACAGGAUGCACGGCGGUUCUCAUUGAAGGGUAUACAAUUCAUGCCUUGA